AUGCGUAAUCUUACGUUUAUUUUACCCACAAGACAAGAAGAUCUUGGAGCAUCAGCUAUUCCAGUUUUAUUUUAUUUAUUGACUAUGUCCUCUGCUCUCGCCAACUUGGCCACCAAUUCAAGCACCUUCAGUUGCAACACAUGUGGUAUUAGGUUCAUUACCUCCGAAUCACAAAAAUCACAUAUGAAGUCAGAAUGGCAUCGUUACAACUUGAAAAGACGUGUUGCUGAUUUGCCAACGAUAUCAUCGGAGACUUUUGUAGAGAAAGUGAAACAGAAUCAAAUUGAUGUCAAUACGUAUACCAUCAACCGGUCAUCAAAUGAGGAUGAGUAUGGGUUUGUCGUUCGUGAAAGAAAGAAAAAUGGUGGCAAGAGACAAAUAACUAAAAAGGAUUUGAAGAAAAUGUCAAGAGGAAGACAAAUGUUUACAGGUGCUGCUGUAGGUCAUUCAAUAAGCGGUAACGCUUUAGGAAACCGUAGCUCAAGUCCUAAUGCAUCAGAAUAUUCCUAUAUGUCGUUGGGUGAUUCAGUUCAUUCAUCCCAAGCGACAGAAACUAUAUCCAUUGCUGAUACUUUAUCUCUUGGCACUGGGCUGCUAAAUAGUCCAAUACUCCAUCCUGUUGAAAGUAUAGAUGAUUCUACGCUUGACACAGAGGAAGAAGUUGACCAAGAUGACUAUGGUGAUGAUGAUGAUGAUGAAGAAGAAGACUAUGAUAUUCUUGCAGUGAAUGGAUGUCUAUACUGCAAUUCACAAAACUCGAACUUUGAAGAACUUUUAGAGCACAUGCUUCAAAAGCACGGAUUAUUUAUUCCUGAUAAGAACUACCUUGUGGACGCCGAAGGAUUGGUCAGUUUCCUUUGGGAGAUUCUUUCUGAUUACAAUGAAUGUUUGAGUUGUGGCUUCUUUGGGAAGAAUUUGGAGAGUAUUCAAGAUCAUUGUAUUUCUAAAGCACAUUGCCGAAUGCCGUAUGAAACCAAUGAGGAAAGGGCAUUAUUUUCUCCUUUUUUCAAAUAUCCGGUUUCACUGACGAAUAAUUCCGAGGCUGUACAAAAUGAUGAAUGUAAGUUAGAUCCUACUGGGGUUGAGUUGGCUUUACCCUCUGGGUUUAAGGUUGGUCAUAGAUCAAUGAUGAGAUAUUAUAGACAAGAUUUGAAAUUGGAUCAACCUAGAAUGCAAAGUCAAACAACAGUGAUGCUGGCUGAUAGAAGAUUGCAAAACGUUAAUAUGGGUGGGCUAUCGAAGCCUGUAUAUGACAAAGAGUUUAAGAAGAUGUUGACUACUACACAUAGACAAAGAAAUAUUUCUGAGAGGAGAAUGUAUAAUAAGAAUUCCCAGAUUAACCAAUUCGGUCAUUUCAGAGAUCCAAAUAGAACAUGA